CGUGAUAUCCUUCCGCGGGAGUCGAGCGCGGCCCUUUCCCUCCCGACAACACAGGAUGAACAAGCAGCAUUGCUGCUAAAACACUUCUUUUCAGGUUCCGCGUUUGGAAAUAGCGCAUAUCCAGAGUAAACUCAUCGGCUGGGGGAUACCGGGCGUGUAUGUUUUUCUCACCGGCUUUCAUUGAUUUAUCCACGGUCCUGUUACAUUGGCUGAACACUGAAGAAAUAUAAUCCGGGUUGAGUUGUGCGCGGCAAUCUAACUAGCUAGCGACUACUUCUGUGAAGAGUGGUUGGGACAGAAUGGAGCUGAUAACAAUCCUCGAAAAAACUGUCUCUCCAGGUGAUUAUACAGCUCCAAAUACUUCUCUUUAACAUUUGCUAUGUGAAGAGUUUAGGCCCAGUAACUUGACAUAUCUGUAUUUGAUAGCGAUAACGGGUGAAAGUUAAAUCUGAAAAAGGGAGGAGGGAAAUGCCUUGCUAGCUAGGCUGCUAAUGUUACGGCCUACUCACUCCGCGGAUGCGGCUUCUGUGGUGAGCUCGCUAACAUGCUAACUUUUAGCACGUUAUCUAAUAGUUCAGUCUGGGCGGCAUUAACAGAGCUGCCAGUUCUCAAAAUAUAUUAUCCGUUGAAAAAGUUGUCACCCACAUAGUUUGUCAUUUUGAUGUGAUGUUUUUACUGGUUUGAUACGUUUAGUUACCUAUCAAUUCACUUUGCUAGCUAGCCAUUCAUGUGCAACUAAGUCGGCCCUGCCUUGCUCGCCCGCUAACUUUAAAGAUUACUAGCUAGGUACUGUAGUUAGCAUGUGCAUGAUGUGGAAAAAAAUAUAAUAAGCAGGGACUCGAUCGUGUAAACAUUAGCUAGUAUACGCUAGUUAGUGAAGUAAACACUUGUGCAUUGAACGUGGUGAUGUAAUUUGGACAGCGAACUAACGUUAGCUAAAGAGUUUGAUACGAGUUGGUUAGCUCAAUGGCUAACUUAAUCGUUGGCAUCUAGUAACUAGCCGCGAGUGAGCAUCCCCGGUAGCCAGUGUGUUGCAUGAUAUGGGUCAUCUAGCUAACUAGCUACUGUAACGCUUAAUACAUUGGCUAUUUAAUUUAGUUAGUUAACGAACUAAUCUCUCAUCGGGAAAUGUACACCCACAAUUUCCCAAAUAGAUAAUCGCCGUAACAGGUGAAUGUGAUCACUGGUACGCACUGUACGGAGUGGCUAACGUUAGCUAGCUAAUCGUUCUAGCUAGGCAAAGUAGGAAUUGUAGAUGCAUGCUAACAGAACUUUGCUGCUUCAUGUUGUAGCUAACUAGCAAGUGCACUAGCUAUUCACAUAAGUAUAACGCUAACAUUUUCCCUCUCGCCCCCUCAGAUCGAAAUGAACUGGAGGCGGCACAGAAGUUUCUGGAGCAGGCGGCAAUUGAGAAUUUGGUUUGUAUAGCUACACAUUUAUCGGUCAGACGGAUAAUUUAUUCCGGUCACAUUCAGGUCUGGCGCCAGAAACACAGGGCAUGAACUCAAUGAAUUGCCGGCGUUUUCAACUGGGCCCUUCCUUCCUCCAUCUCGACAUUAUAGCAGCAGCGUCACACGCCUCAGCUUUCGCGAAUGAAUGGAGACCUAGCAUUAACCCACGUUAGCUAGCUAGCACACCAGCUACACCCAUGUCGGUAUCCAGUGCCACGGCAUGAUCACUUGACACACUCAAUUUUCGACAAAUUCUCGUUUUGUGGUUAUUUUCUUUUCUUAUUCUGAUUAAUAUCACCUGAGCAAUAUAACCCAGGCAUAGAAAAACGAGUUCACUGAUAGUGAUAGAUCACCAGCAGGCGGAUUACCCUGUUUUGAUAUGGACACAUGUGGCUAACAUGUUGUAACCCUAUAGCUGCAUUUGAUUCGGUAUGAUAUUCAUGAUGUACCUAAUAGUUAACCGGAAAGCUCCCUGAUAGACUUUUAGUAGUGAGCAAUAGCACUCGUCCCCCCUCCCUGACAGAUGGCGUUGCAUUUUUGGAAUAGAAGGCAAAAGAGGGUGUAGCUAGCUGGCUAGAGAAGAGGAAGUUAUGCGUGAUCAAGGCAUCUGUCAUUGAGCUACAUUUUUGCAUAGCUAUUUAGCUUUGAAAUAUGAUUCCGCUUGUGUGUAUGCACUCUGCCUUUUGAGAAAACAUUUAUGCUAUGGUAUUGUGUUUACUUUUUUGGGCAGUGGCAGAUCCCCACAGAAAAGGCUAGCUUAUGCAAGGUGUACAAUACUCAUUUGAACCGAAAGUGGCAUGCUACUUACAUCAGACACUUACCCUUUCUCCUGCUCACUCUAUUGUACAUUUUAGUCAUUUAGCAGACGCUCUUAUCCAGAGUGACUUACAGUUAGUGAGUGCAUACAUUUUUUAUUUUCUUCAUACUGGCCCCCCGUGGGAAUCGAACCCACAACCCUGGCGCUGCAAGCGCCAUGCUCUACCAACUGAGCUACACGGGACCUAUGUAUGUCCAUAUGUUACAUACAAGUUAGAUAUGUUGUAUAUUCUGUAGGGUACUCAAGCUACACAUGUAUUAUGUAAUCUCCCGCUUCUUUGGCCACACAUCUAUAUGUAGCUUUUUUCAAGUAAAAUUAUUAUUUUAAAACAUUUGUCAUUUAUCCAGAGCGACUUACAGGAGCAGUUAGGGUUACGUGCCUUGCUCAAGGGCACACUGCCAUACCUAGUCGGCUCGGGGAUUCAAACCAGCAACCUUUCGGUUACUGGCCCAACACUCUUAACCGCUAGGCACCUCACAAAGGUACCAAAUAUCUAUGGCUCUGUUUGCUGUGCUGCUCUGUUAAUGUUAGUCACAUAAUUAGCUAGUCAGAUCAAAAACUAUUAAGGGAGUCAUGAUACAAGUGUUGCUAAAUGUCCUUCUUUUGUGCUGCCCUCCACUGUCCUUCAUUAUCAUUGUCGACCACAUUAUGAUGAAAUCCAAUCUGUAUUUUAACCCAUCAGCUAAAGGGACAUAUAUUUCCUCUCUAAGUAUUUGAAUAUACUUUUUUAAUCUCCAGAAAGCAUAGAUAGUGACACCAAGCUAGACACCUCAUAGGCCCCACUAAUGGGAUGACCUGGAAUAGGGGUCACAGAUGAGAUCUUAUAGCUAAAAUUGGUCACAAAGCAGAGUAUACAGUGCCUUCGGAAAGUAUUCAGACCCAUUGACUUUUCACAUUUUGUUACGUUACAGCUUUAAUCUAAAAUUGAUUAAAUUGUUUUUUCCCUCGUCAAUCUACCCACAAUACCCCAUAAUGACAAAGCAAAACAGGAUUUUUGAAUUUUUUGCAAAUUUAUAAAUAAAACAGCUCUGGAAAUAUCACAUUUACAUAAGCAUUUAGACCCUUUUACUCAGUACUUUGUUGAAGCUCCUUUGGCAGCGAUUACUGCAUUGACUUCUUGAGUAUGACGCUACAAGCUUGGCACACCUGUAUUUGGGGAGUUUCUCCCAUUCUUCUCUGCAGAUCCUCUCAAGCUCGGUCAGGUUGGAUGGGGAGCGUCGCUGCACAGCUAUUUUCAGGUCUCUCCAGAGAUGUUCAAUCGGGCUCAAGUCUGGGCUUUGACUGGGCCACUCAAGGACAUUCAGAGACUUGUCCCGAAGCCACUCCUACAUUGUCUUGGCUGUGUGCUUAGGGUCGUUGUCCUGUUGGAAGGUGGACAUUUCCCCAUUCUGAGGUCUUGAGCACUCUGGAGCAGGUUUUCAUCAAGGAUCUCUUGACUAGUCUCCCUGUCCCUGCCGCUGAAAAACAUUCCCACAGCAUGAUGCUGCCACCACCAUGCUUCACCGUAGAGAUGGUGCCAGGUUUCCCCCAGACGUGAUGCUUGGCAUUCAGACCAAACAGUUCAAGCUUGGUCUCAUCAGACCAGAGAAUCUUAUUUACAUUUUAGUCAUUUAGCAGACGCAAUUAGGGUUAAGUGCCUUGCUCAAGGGCACAGACAGAUUUUUCACCUAGUCGGCUCGGGGAUUAGAACCAGCGACCUUUCGGUUACUGGCACAAUGUCCUUAACCACUAAGCUACCUGCCGCCCCAUUGUUUCUCAAGGUCAGAGUCCUUUCGGUGCUUUUUGGCAAACUCCAAGCGGGCUGUCAUGUGCCUUUUACUGAAGAGUGGCUUCCGUCUGGCCACUCUACCAUAAAGGCCUGAUUGGUGGAGUGCUUCAGAGAUGGUUGUCCUUCUGGAAGGUUCUCCCAUCUCCACAGAUGAACUCUGGAGCUCUGUCAAAGUGACCAUCGGGUUCUUGGUCACCUCCCUGACCAAGGCCCUUCUCCCCCGAUUGCUCAGUUUGGCCUGGCGGCCAGCUCUAGGAAGAGUCUUGGUGGUUCCAAACUUCUUCCAUUUAUGAAUGAUGGAGGGCACUGUUUUCUUGUGGACCUUCAAUGCUGCAGACAUAUUUUGGUACCCUUCCCCAGAUCUGUGCCUCGACUCAAUCUUGUCUCGGAGCUCUAUGGACAAUUCCUUCGACCUUAGUGCAUGUCAGAGCAAAAACCAAGCCAUGUCAACUGUGGGACCUUAUAUAGACAGGUGUGUGCCUUUCCAAAUCAUGUCCAAUCAAUUGAAUUUACCACAGGUGGACUCCAAUCAAGUUGUAGAAACAUCUCAAGGAUGAUCAAUGGAAACAGGAUGCACCUGAGCUCAAUUUUGAGUCUCAUAGCAAAGGGUCUGAAUACUUAUGUAAAUAAGGUAUUUCUGUUAUUUAUUUUUUAUUUGCAAAAAUGUCUAAACCUGUUUUCACUUUGUCAUUAUGGGGUAUUGUGUGUAGAUUGCUGAGGAUUUGAUUUAAUUCAUUUUAGAAUAAGGCUGUAAUGUAACUUGGGCUCCCGAGUGGCGCAGCGGUCGCUACAGACCCUGGUUCGAUUCCAGGCUGUGAUUGGGAUGCCCACAGGGCAGCGCACAGUUGGCCCAGCGUCGUCCGGGGUAGGCCGUCAUUGUAAAUAAGAAUUUGUUCUUAACUGACUUGCCUAGUUAAAUAAAGGUUAAAUAAAAAAAAUAACAACAUUUGGAAAAAGUCUGAAUACUUUCCGAAGGCACUGUAUAUGUAAGACCUAAGUUAUUUUAGCAGUUUGUUGAUCUGACUUAAAACAACCACAUAUGGCUCAAACGAGAUUUGUGGAGCCCACUGCUGCCACUCACUGACUGCAGCAUGAACGGAAUUUAGUGUCUAAAUUGUUUUGCUAUUGCAUAUGAACCUGCUAUGUCUGUUGAUUGAUAACCAGCCUCCUAAAUCCUUCAGUUGCUGAAUGUAACGGUUGAACACUGUUCAGAAUGACUGCGGUGAAAUCUAACUCAUGCUGUGGACUGAAAGACUAAACCACUACUAUCUUAUGGUCCGAUUGUAAAAAAUACAUUUUAAAAACUCUCUCCACCCACUCUCCCUGUCUUUCUCCAGCCCGCGUUCCUGGUGGAGCUCUCCAAGGUGCUCGCCAACCCUGGCAACACCCAGGUGGCUCGCGUGGCCGCAGGGCUGCAGGUGAAGAACUCGCUCACCUCCAAGGACCCGGACGUGAAGACACGCUACCAGCAGAGAUGGCUGGCCAUCGAUGCCAACGCCCGGCGGGAGAUCAAGAACUUUGUAAGGAGAAACUCCUCUUCCACCUCUUAGUGCAGAUAGAUUUAUACUUUCUACCUUUUAGUAGGCUUUUAUAUGGUCUCCCGGCUCCCCACCUCCCCCUCGGGUUGAAGUAUAUUAAAGCCUCUAAGGUUUUGUUAAGUGGGUUACACAGUGACAAUCAUUUCAUUCAAAUAUCCCCUGGGGGAAAAGAGGAUCCAGGUGCUGAAGUUGAUUACCCCCUCAAGAAACCUAACCAGCCAAAUGACCUAAUUGACUUAAGCCCUUGGCUCCUAUAAAAACGAAUGUCCUCCAUCUCAUUCGGUCUCACCCAGCCAAAUGCACCAGUUGAUUCACCUCUGACUCCACCCCUCCCCCUUCCUUUCACUCCCCUCCAGGUUCUGCAGACCCUGGGCACGGAGACGUACCGGCCCAGCUCGGCCUCCCAGUGCGUGGCUGGCAUCGCCUGCGCAGAGAUCCCCGUCACCCAGUGGCCCGAGCUCAUUCCCCAGCUGGUGGCUAACGUGACGGACCCCAGCAGCACCGAGCACAUGAAGGAAUCCACCCUGGAGGCCAUCGGAUACAUCUGCCAGGAUAUCGUGAGUGCCCCCGACACACACACUUGCGCACAUGAGAAACAGUGGUUCUAACCUCAACCCGUCCCCCCCCAAAAAAUCAAACUGCUGUAAUAUGAAACUUGUGACAUUGUUUCCUCGAUUACAAUUGCACCAAGACAAGAUUCCAAAAUCGAGGUUAGACUUAAUUGGUGUCGUUGUUUUCCGUUGCAUGUUUCACUGCAGAGCAGACGUAACUUCCAUGAAUAACUGUCUUCUCUCCUCCCCUGUACUGUAGGACCCUGAGCAGCUGCAGGACAACGCCAACCAGAUCCUGACGGCCAUCAUCCAGGGCAUGAGGAAGGAAGAGCCCAGCAACAACGUCAAGCUGGCCGCCACCAACGCGCUGCUCAACUCACUGGAGUUCACCAAAGCCAACUUCGACAAAGAGGUGUGUUUGUGUCUCCUGCCCUGCCUCGGUCCCACUAUAUUAGUGUUUAAGUUCCUCCUUUGUCGCAUGCUGUGACCCCAAAAAUGGAAUGAUGAAAUGGACAAAUCUGAGCCUGUUUAUAGACUUAACUGUCUGGUCAGUGAUGAGAAAUCAUGCACCACGCUGAACAUGUGAUGGAUAACCCCUACCACAAUAUCUGAGACCUUCACAAAUGCUUACCCACAAGGCUGGGUUUUGAAUGCUUUGUUUAUGGGCCUGUCGUAACAGUGAAUCGGUUUGUGUUUUCCAGACGGAGAGACACUUUAUAAUGCAGGUCGUCUGCGAGGCCACACAGUGCCCAGACACCAGAGUGAGUAUCGUGAGUUUCUCUUUUCUAUUUAAUCAUUUUUUGGCACAUUUAUUCCAUGCUUUCAGCCAAUAAUCAUAUUCUUAACCAAUGUUGGUGAAAUGCAAUGUCGGUCUCCCACAGGUACGAGUGGCUGCCUUACAGAACUUGGUGAAGAUAAUGUCUUUGUAUUAUCAGUACAUGGAAACGUACAUGGGCCCAGCACUGUUUGCGGUAAGCACCCCCAUGCAGCAACGUGGUCUUGCUCUAACUGUAGUCCUCAACUUAUGUGCUGAAAGGCAUUAUUCUGACAGGUUUUAGAUGUGCUUCUUCUUUCUGAAAUACUUAACGUAGAGAACACCGAAAAAGGUCUUGAUGUACCAUAUCAGUUACUGAUAUUGUAGGGUUGCUUGUUGACCACCUGUCUGGUCUGUGAUGAGAAAUCAUGCACCACGCUGAAAAGCCUGAUGUAUAACUCCUACCACAAUAUCUGAGACCUGCACGGACACGAACGCCAGUGUUCCGUAUCAAGGACACUCCUUUAAAAUGAACAUCCUGACCCCCUCCCUUUGGCCUCUGCCCUCUCCCUCCCCUACCCCAAACAGAUCACAAUAGAAGCCAUGAAAAGUGAUAUUGAUGAAGUUGCCUUACAAGGAAUCGAGUUCUGGUCGAACGUGUGUGACGAGGAGAUGGAUUUGGCCAUCGAAGCGACUGAGGUGAGCCCCCCCCCCCCGACUGUAAAUGUACACGUUUUAUAUAUUAUAACACCAGAAAGGGACCCAGUGAUCCAUGUUGCUGAGUGAUGAUAUAGCUCACCUGUCUGGUCUGUGAUGAGAAAUCAUGCACCACGCUGAACGUCUGAUGGAUAACCCCUACCACAAUAUCUGAGACCUGCACGUACCUUGUGUUAUUUUGUAAACACUCCAUUAUUCAGCCAUUAAACUGACACCCUUACCUUGAGGGUGUUUAUUUUAAAAGCACACUGCAUACAAUGAAGAGUUGCACAACAGCAAAAGGGUAAAUAUUCCUGUAAAUUUGGUACAUCUUUCCCCAGGCAUCGGAGCAGGGCCGGCCCCCAGAGCACACCAGCAAGUUCUACGCCAAAGGAGCCUUGCAAUACCUGGUGCCCAUCCUCACCCAGACACUCACCAAGCAGGUACGCAGGAGAAGAGCCCGUGGCAGACAUUUUACACCUCAUUACCCUCUUCAUUACACAUUAGGGCACAGCUUUGAUACACCCACAUAAUUCUAAUGAAGCCUCUGUACACACACCACACACCAUUUCUGUCUACCGUUUUUUUGUGUUUACACAAGGCAAGAUUCCUUGCCGUUCACAUCCCAGCCUAGCUAACACAGUCCACACACAAUUCUAAGUGAAACCAUGUUAAUGAAGUUGGCAGAGGGAGAAAUUGACCAAACAGGUUUAGAUGAAUGUGAGUGUUGAAACCUUAACCGGACAGAGUAAGCCAGCCAAGUGAAGUGGAGGGAAGGCAACCCCAGCCAGUUAGUCCUUGGAGAACAGGGCAGCGGUGGUGACUCUACAUGAUUUAAUGUCAGCCGGAGACACUAAAACAUCCGUCAUAAUACCUCUAUAACCUAGAAUGAUCCGAGACAGAAACUGAUUCAUAAGGAUAUGGGUGAAUAAUUUACUGGUAUUAAAGUCUCUGUACAACACCACAGUCCUCAAUCUUUAGAGAACAUUAAGAUUCUGCCUCCUAGGAAAACCUGUUUGGUCUGUGAUGAGAAAUCAUGCACCACGCUGAACAUGUGAUGGAUAACCCCUACCACAAUAUCUGAGACCUGCACAGACAUGUAACAAGUCAGGAUAAGGGGGGGGGGGGUUGGCUCCUCACCCAUCCAGACACCACCAUUUUGUGUCUAAUACCACAGAUACAAAAAUAGUUGAUAGUUCCCCAGGAAGACGGUGUGCACUGCUACCACACAUUCUAUAAUUAGUACAAGUGUACCAAGUGAAGUCUAGCAGGGAGGUGUGAGGGUAUCUGUACCUGCCAUCCCAGUCUAUGUAUUAGGGGCUUUAAAGAGACACUGUGUCUAGCUGAAUUUGUGUGUCUCCUUUGUCUGUCCUUUGUAUGUUGGUGUCUGUUCUUUUGUGUUUGUCCUUUUGUACACAAUGUCCUUGUUGAAAUGCUAUAGGUACAGUGAGGGAAAAAAAUAUUUGAUCCCCUGCUGAUUUUGUACGUUUGCCCACAGACAAAGAAAUGAUCAGUCUAUAAUUUUAAUGGUAGGUUUAUUUGAACAGUGAGAGACAGAAUAACAAACAAAAAAAUCCAGAAGAACGCAUGUCAAAAAUGUUAUGAAUUGAUUUGCAUUUUAAUGAGGGAAAUAAAUAUUUGACCCCUCUGCAAAACAUGACUUGGUGGCAAAACCCUUGUUGGCAAUCACAGAGGUCAGACGUUUCUUGUAGUUGGCCACCAGGUUUGCACACAUCUCAGGAGGGAUUUUGUCCCACUCCUCUUUGCAGAAUUUCUCCAAGUCAUUAAGGUUUCGAGGCUGACGGUUGGCAAUUCGAACCUUCAGCUCCCUCCACAGAUUUUCUAUGGGAUUAAGGUCUCAGACUGGCUAGGCCACUCCAGGACCUUAAUGUGCUUCUUCUUGAGCCACUCCUUUGUUGCCUUGGCCGUGUGUUUUGGGUCAUUGUCAUGCUGGAAUAACCAUCCACGACCCAUUUUCAAUGCCCUGGCUGAGGGAAGGAGGUUCUCACCCAAGAUUUGAUGGUACAUGACCCCGUCCAUCGUCCCUUUGAUGCGGUGAAGUUGUCCUGUCCCCUUAGCAGAAAAAUACCCCCGAAGCAUAAUGUUUCCACCUCCAUGUUUGACGGUGGGGAUGGUGUUCUUGGGGUCAUAGGCAGCAUUCCUCCUCUUCCAAACACAGCGAGUUGAGUUGAUGCCAAAGAGCUCGAUUUUGGUCUCAUCUGACCACAACACUUUCACCCAGUUCUCCUCUGAAUCAUUCAGAUGUUCAUUGGCAAACUUCAGAUGGGCAUGUAUAUGUUCUUUCUUGAGCAGGGGGACCUUGCGGGCGCUGCAGGAUUUCAGUCCUUCACGGCGUAGUGUGUUACCAAUUGUUUUCUUGGUGACUAUGGUCCCAGCUGCCUUGAGGUCAUUGACAAGAUCCUCCCGUGUAGUUCUGGGCUGAUUCCUCACCGUUCUCAUGAUCAUUGCAACUCCACAAGGUGAGAUCUUGCAUGGAGCCCCAGGCCGAGGGAGAUUGAGAGUUAUUUUGUGUUUCUUCCAUUUGCGAAUAAUCGCACCAACUGUUGUCACCUUCUCACCAAGCUGCUUGGCGAUGGUCUUGUAGCCCAUUCCAGCCUUGUGUAGGUCUACAAUCUUGUCCCUGACAUCCUUGGAGAGCUCUUUGGUCAUGGCCAUGGUGGAGAGUUUGGAAUCUGAUUGAUUGCUUCUGUGGACAGGUGUCUUUUAUACAGGUAACAAGCUGAGAUUAGGAGCACUCCCUUUAAGAGUGUGCUCCUAAUCUCUGCUCGUUACCUGUAUAAAAGACACCUGGGAGCCAGAAAUCUUUCUGAUUGAGAGGGGGUCAAAUACUUAUUUCCCUCAUUAAAAUGCAAAUCAAUUUAUAAAAUUUGACACGCUUUUUUCUGGAUUUUGUUGUUAUUCUGUCUCACUGUUCAAAUAAACCUACCAUUUAAAAUUAUAGACUGAUCAUUUCUUUGUCAGUGGGCAAAUGUACAAAAUCAGUAGGGUAUCAAAUACUUUUUUCCCUCACUGUACAUGUUCAUGUAAAUGUAUGCCAUUUACUCUGGGUCUCCUUCCCCUCUGUGUACAACCAGGUCAUCUCUCCCGACAUACCUUUUUAUGUAAAUGCAUGUCUUACCUCUCAAUUGUCCUCUGUGCAAGUCCAGUAUAGAUUCCAUUCACACUUCUCCUUCCCUCCACCCCCUCUGUACCUCUGUCAUGUGACAUUGGUUUCUCCCUACUUUCUCAAUGUCAUAACGUUUCAUGUGAAUACGUCUCCUCUCCUUCACCUCUCUCUCUUCCUCCUCAGGACGAGAAUGACGACGAUGACGACUGGAACCCGUGCAAGGCGGCGGGCGUGUGCCUGAUGCUGCUGGCCACGUGUUGCGAGGACGACGUGGUGCCUCACGUGCUGCCCUUCAUCAAGGAGCACAUUAAGCACCCCGACUGGCGCUACCGCGACGCCUCAGUCAUGGCCUUCGGCUCCAUCCUGGAGGGCCCCGAGCUCAACCAGCUCAAACCCCUCGUCAUCCAGGUAACUAACUACACCACAUGUAGAAUAUGGUAGGCAUGGCGGACAUGAAGACGUACCAUAAGCGGAACACCACCAUAUUAUGAUCUCAACCAGCGGCCUGCUAUAAGCUAACAUAUCAGAUAGAAGAGGAGACUUGACUAUCUGUUAAAAUUAUCUUGGUAUCUUAAGCAGAGUAGUGAUGCGAAGUUCGGCUCUUUUUACUGACUCCGAUCUUUUCGAAUCGUUCAGUCAAAAGAACGAAUCGUUCGACUCCUUUCGUUCAUUCGAGUCAGUCAUGCCCAGAGCACGCAGGACCCCCUACCGGCAAACGAUGAACUGAAAACUCGAGUAAUGAUUCUACAAGCCUCUUGUUCACGUUGUUCACCAUAGGGGGCUUAUUGGAGCUGUAAAACUGUGCUUUAAACAAUGUACAUUUGUUGAUUGCUAAGCAUACAAAUAAGAUUAUUUCUUGAUACAUUUUAAAUGAGCUGUUGUGGCCGCAUCGGGACUAGUUUGUGAACUACUCUUUGCGGAAUGCAUUGCUUAAAUGUCUGUCGUGAGGGGAUGAGCGCAAUGUCGUUCGGGAACUGCAGCCCCCAAAACUGUAACAAUUAUAGUUUGUUGAGCAGAGGCUCUGUAUGUUUUGGUUCUACAAAGCUGUGUCCAUCAUAACAUUCAAUUAUCAAUUAAUUGCAUUCAUUCUUGCACCAUGCGAUCAAUUAUCAGUUAAAAACAUACAUUUUUCUUCUCUAUGCUCAUGAUCUAUUUCUCUGCGCGCAUAUGACAGACAGUUGGUGGUCGGCGCACAUCUCUGGAGGCGCUGAGCCGGAGGAGCGUGUAUUAACCCUGCUGUAGGUAGGACUCAUUACGACCAGUACUAGCAGGUCAAAUGAAAGACAAAUGAACCAGUCACUCAGAAAAAACGAGUCAGUAUAAAGUUGUUCAAAAAUAACAAAUCGUUUGUGAAGUGCACAUCAAUAAGGCAUAGCCCAACCAGCUCAAACCCCUUGUCAUUCAGGUAACUACACCUGCUACCGCUGUAUAAUGAUACCUACUUACUGAUACUACCGAUUUCACCAAGGGGAAGUUUCGGUGGAGUUUCACAGCAGGUUAGACUAACAUGAAUACUAACAUGGUGUGGUGUGCAAGGAAGAGAAUUGCUUGUGGCCACGUAGAAAUGUAUCUGUUGUAAAGGUCUUUGUCUAGGCCGCAAGCAUUUCUCAGUUUCCUUGUGUUGCAUGCCCAUCAGAUAACGCAUUGUCUUUUCUGUGUGCUCUAAAACGCCCUUAUGGUUAAUAAUGAAACUAUCUGCAAGUUGGGCAUUAAAUACAUUCCAAUUCAUCUUUAGAUGAACCACCAUGUACCCUAAGUUGUUGCCAGGGUAAUCUGGUGUUUACAGACAUGUUAAUUCACAAGUAGGCUGGACUGGAGAGGCAGUGAGGAUGGCGGUAUCAGCUGAACCACCAUGUUCUUUCAUGACUGUGUGUGUGUAUGGGUGCAUCUCAAAUGGCUCCCUAUUUAGUGCACUACUUUUUACCAGGGCACAUAAGUAAUGCACUAUGUAGGGAAUAGAGUGCCAUUUGGGACACCAACUAUGCCCCAAUCCUUGACCCCAAGCCUUGUUGGACUGAUAACUGAAGUUGGUGCUUGUCUCGGAGUGUGCCGGUGAUAAGCUUGUGCAAGUGUCCAUAAUCACAGAGCUAAAACCUGUUAUUCACUAGGCACCAAAUUCAAGAAAACUGACUGAAACAUGGAGGGACUACUUGAUGUUGUCCAAUAAAAUAAUCUUGUUUCUGCUUUCCAUUGUAAAACGGAAAUAUUUGAAUCUAAGGCAAAAAAAAGUCAUUAAAACAUUGUAUCUGGUCUGUGAUGAAAAAUCUUGUACUCAAGACCCUGAACCCUGAUGUUUAAUAGGAUUUAUCUGAGACCUGCACAGACAAGUUCAGUAAGGCUGGAUUUAGACAUACUAUGUGAUAGAGAAUAACAAAUCCAUAGUUACAUAUCGGAAUAUUAUUUUUGAUAAUGCGUAUCGUUUUGGCAUCGCAAUAUUAUUUUUGCGCUAGUUGGCUGUACCUGCACCAAAACUCCAGGAUUUUUCCUUCAUAGUUUGCUCUUCUUUUUAAAUAGGGAGUCAAUUUGUUGUCAGCACUUUUAUUUCCAUGACUGAUCAACUCAUUUUCUCAUGACUCUCUUGUCCCUCUGCAGCAGACAUAUGGUGAACAAUUGUCACGAGAAUUUUGUUAUCUCAAUGGUUGAAGUCAACUACUUCUCAAAUCUUUGAAUAAUUCCCAGAGGUUGUAAAUCUCUAGUUAAAUAAUGAAUUAACAAAGACCCCUUUCUGCAAUGGUCAGUAUGUUUAUUCAGAGAGCACUCUGUCCCAAAAUUUGGCACCAAAUCUUUUUAUACACAUACGUCAGAGGAAAAUCCCACCCUGCUUUAGGCGGGCUGUAUUUUCCACUGUACACAUCUUGUAAGCUCACACCUGGGUUUAGCUCAUGUGGUUUUCCUCUGCUCUCCUGACCAUCAGGUCACACAUACAUAUACACACACACACCCAUGUUCUUAUCAUAGCCUACUCCUUGCUCAGGCAGGCUGCAUUUUUUCCUCUCUUCUCAUACAUAGUUAUCGCUGUUCUCACAAUAUUCUGCAAGCCUCUCACUCCCCUUUCCUGUGUGGGGACAUCUGUUUUUGAAACCGGUGUCCUGUUAUUGGUUUCAACGUUUUCCACUUCUGCUUGCAUAAUUACAAGACCCAAAUACUCUGUUGCUGGGCAAAUAUGCAUCUUAUAUUAACACAUUUGAAAAACCAUGCCCCUCUCGCUACACCUGAAUACUGCGGUUAUAUUAACAGUACCUAUCUUUCUCCUCUUGAAUGCUGGUUAACAGUACUUAAUAAUUAAUUAAUAAUAAUUUAUUACAUUUCUAUAGUGCUUUUCAUAGAAUCUCUAAGCUGUUAAUUGGGGAGACUUCAUGUAUCUCCACCCCCUCUGCUAAUUGACACUACUGUGGUUAGUGACCAGUCUGCUCUUGUUUCUCCCCUCCCAGGCGAUGCCCACGCUGAUUGAGUUGAUGAAGGACCCCAGUGUGGUGGUGAGGGACACCACAGCUUGGACGGUGGGCAGGAUCUGUGAGCUGCUGCCGGAGGCGGCCAUCAACGAAGUGUACCUGGCCCCUCUGCUGCAGUGCCUCAUCGAGGGCCUGGGGGCUGAGCCACGCGUCGCAUCCAACGUCUGCUGGGUGAGACAGAAGCUGGAGCCGCUUUUUGAUUUGUUUUACCUUUUUAAAAUCCCAAUUCAAAAAGACGUGGAUACAAUGCAUUUAAAAUCAUUGAGGAUAACUACAAAAGUUUCACAGCUUAUUUCCUUUGUGGUCCUCUUGUAGGCCUCCACCACAUAUGUAGCAGUAGGACUUCAUUAAUCCCACAGAGAUCGUUUUAUCACCCCAAGCAUCAGCGAUAGACUACACCGUACAAAGACACUCGCUCAAUUACAACAAUUUAUGCCUUAGAUCUCAGUCCUCUGCACUCGAGUGGAAUAUGUUGUAUCAAAGUAUCUGUAGUUGAGAGAAAUACCUGUCUGGUCUGUGAUGAGAAAUCAUGCACCACGCUGAACAUGUGAUGGAUAACCCCUACCACAAUAUCUGAGACCAGCUAAAGGACCACAAAUGAUGACUAGAUCAUUCAGUGUUUCCAUAUGAAUGCCCUCAUGAUAACUUUCCCUCCCUCCCCUCAGGCCUUCUCCAGCCUGGCAGAAGCGGCGUACGAAGCCACAGAUGCAGCGGAGGACCAGGAGGAGCCUGCCACGUACUGCCUCUCCUCUUCCUUCGAGCUCAUUGUCCAGAAACUCCUAGAAACCACAGACAGGUAAGCAGGACUCUCCAGAAACCACAGACUUUGCAGAAACUCCUAGAAACCACAGACGGGUAGGCAGGACUGUCUAGAAAGUCCUAGAAACACAACCACACAGGUAUUCUGGACAGGGGGACGGAACGGCACGGCACCUUCUGUUGUCCAGGACUGUAGAGGUUUAAAACACCUCUCAACUUGGCUCUUCAAACAAACUAGACAUUUGUCUGGAUGAGUUCUUGAAAGUUGGCUAGAGACUAACUCUCUCUGGUCUGUGAUGAGAAAUCAUGCACCACGCUGAACAUGUGAUGGAUAACCCCUACCACUAUCUGAGACCUUCAGCGACAACAUUUGGAGAUUUCCUCAGGAAAUCCUUUGAAGCCCUUAGCUGUACAUACCCUUUUGGAGACUGAGUGUCUUGUCCAGUCUCGUCGUCCUAGAUCUGGUUUAUGUAUUUGAACGCACCACAUUUUUGCCAAGAAUUGUACACAUUUCUAUAUAAUAUAAAAUGCUAAUAAUAUUAAUAAUAAAAUGUUUUCCUGAUGCGCAGUAAUGAUUUAAGUGAAUUAAAUAAACGUUCUCCCUCUGUGUCCAACAGGCCGGACGGUCACCAGAACAACCUGCGUAGCGCGGCCUACGAGGCCCUGAUGGAGAUUGUGAAGAAUAGCGCCAAGGACUGCUACCCAGCCGUGCAGAAGACCACCCUGGUCAUCAUGGAGCGCCUGCAGCAGGUCCUGCAGAUGGAGGUGGGUCCCAACAGAUAGAGGAGAGAUGGGAGAGAGAGAUGGAUUGGGGGGGUGGGGGGCACGUGGUCCCAAUAAAAGGGAGAAACGUUUGUGGUCUGUGAUGAGAAAUCAUGUACUCACUACUCUGAAAAGCUCUGAUGUUUACUUAAGGAUUUAUCUGAGACCUACUUUAAACUAUUGGACAUUUUUGCUUGGAGUCUUUUCUGUAUUGAAUAAAUUCCCAAUGAAGAAUCUAAUGUUGAUUUCAUGUGUUCUCACUCCUUCUCUCAGUCUCACAUCCAGAGCACGUCGGACAGAAUUCAGUUCAACGACCUCCAGUCUCUACUGUGUGCCACCCUGCAGGUGAGACGAGCUGGCUUCAUUCAGUUUGACCCUGAAACCAUUUCAACCUCCUCGAACUAGAGGUAGGAGUAGAAUACCUAGGGGGUUCCAUGAAUACAUUUAGCUGUCUUGAGUAUUUUAAAGCCUUAGAAAAAAAUAUAUAUAUACACAUUUGAGUACCUGUCUGGUCUGUGACGAGAAAUCGUGUACUGAAAACCCUGAUGACACUAAUAGGAAGAAUCUGAGACCUGCACAGACGUGAUCAAUAAGAGACUAUAGUAAAGGAGAGUGCUUUAUGAGGAAAGAUACCGUAGACCGACACCCAGCAAGGAAACAAGUUGUAGGUUGGAGUUUGUCUCAAUGCUAGCCUCUUUCCCGCAUCUCCUCACAGUAGCUGCUAGAUAAUGAUGAAAGUUAGCCUGUGCUAUGUUAGGUUAAAACCCUUUCCCUCCCCACUUCUCUAUAGAAUGUGCUGAGGAAGGUGCAGCACCAGGACGCGUUGCAGAUCUCAGAUGUGGUGAUGGCCUCUCUGCUGAGAAUGUUCCAGAACACCGCUGGCUCCGGGGGCGUACAGGAGGACGCACUCAUGGCCGUCUCAACCUUGGUGGAAGGUGAGCCAUUUAAAACAGUCUGACACACACUAUGUUUUUCUACCAACACUCUCCACCCAUUUUAGUAGGAUGAAUUAUGUUUAUGUGAAUCUAAGCAGUUAAACCUUGUAUCUGGUCUGUGAUGAAAAAUCUUAUACUCAAAACCCUGAAAUUUAAUAGGAUUUAUAUGAGACCUGUUUCCAGCCACUUGUCAAUGUUAAACUGAUUUCCACGUUUCUCUUUACAGUAUGUAAAUGGUGUGUUGCAUGUCCAGUGUAACAUGCCUCACGGAAUACGUUUACAUGCACACUAAUAAUUCAGUAUUAAAGUAUUAUGGCAGUAGGCCGAGUAUCGCAUUAGUCAUUUAAACACCUUACUCAGCUCAUCACAAUCAAAGUUAACAUUAGCCAAUUAAAACACCUGGUUUUCUGAGCUAUCUGAUUAGGAUAUAUAAACGGCUUAAUCGGUGUUCCAGCGAUGUAUUUGAUCUGUGUGUGUGCUAGCACCAGCAACGCAAGUCUCCCUCUUAUGCGCAAGUGAGUUUGGACAAACUGAAAGUAUGAAUCUUAGAAAUAGUUUUCACAUACACACUUUGUCGGAAUCAAAUAGGCUUCCCAAAAAUAACAUGGUCCCUAUAGUAGAACGUUUAUUUUGAUUGAAGAUUUUCUGCAUUUAUCAAAGUGCCAUCAGGUAGACAGAUUUCAGAUGUGUCCAUAUAAACAGGAUUAUUAGGGAAAUUGUUCUUCUAGGCAAAGCAUGUAAAGGUUUAAAUCGGUUUAAUCUGUUAUAUUAAUCUGUUUAUUCACAAUAAGCGUAUUAUUGUGUGCAUGUAUCCAUGUAAUGUCUUCUGUCUUUCGUCCUUAGUAUUGGGUGCUGACUUUCAGAAAUACAUGGAUGCCUUUAAACCUUUCCUGGGAAUUGGACUGAAGAAUUACGCAGAAUAUCAAGUGGGUUCUAGGAUUAUAUGAAUCUCUUAGUGUCAAAAACAAAAACUGUCCUCCCUUUCACUGACGCCUGUUCCUCUCGCUGCUCUGAGAUGUGGCAGUUGGGAUUUUAGGUCGUCACAGAGUAAAGCAGGGUCUAUUUCACCCAGUGUUUGAGGUAGCAGGGCUGCCGUUAUCUACACCGGACUUUGCUGGACCCCACACUUGAAAUGCACUGAUUUAGUAGCUAAGUUACUUCUAGUAAGCUUGCCUAAGAGUCAACACUUAAUUAUUUCACCUAGCUACACCACUCUCUCUCCCUCUCCCUUGUCAGGUGUGUCUGGCUGCGGUGGGCCUGGUGUGUGACCUGUGCCGAGCCCUGAUGUCCAACAUCCUGCCUUACUGCGAUGAGAUCAUGCAGCUCCUGCUAGAGAACCUGGGGGUGAGUGUCACUUUAGUGUCUGCCAUCUGUGUUGGUAAUGGCAAGGCUACCAUUAUCAUUACUGGAAUGGGCAGGAUCAUACGUUUGAGUCUUAUUGCAGAUUUACGGCCUCCGUUUUGUUGAUCGGUUACUUUGUAGAAGCAUGUAAAUGCCUUCAUGUCAAGCUGACCGUAGACCCAAAAAAAUUGCUUUUAUCAGAAAGCAAAGGUUAUGAUUCCAGCUAAGCCUUUGUUCAUACGGGUUAGGUUAAGUCUUGUGGAUACUAAUGCAAUUUGUCACCAGUACUGACUAAGGGCAUGUGUGUUGCCCCUGCAGAAUGAGAACGUGCACCGGUCAGUGAAGCCCCAGAUCCUGUCAGCUUUCGGAGACAUCGCCCUGGCCAUCGGAGGAGAGUUCAAGAAGUACCUGGAGAUCGUCCUGGACACGCUGCAGCAGGCGUCGCAGGCACAAGUCGACAAGGUAGAACAGAUGGACACACACUGUACCACAUUGGCAUCCCCUUGUUUUGUUUGACCCUGACGCCUGUUCCUCUCGCUGCUCUGAGAUGUGGCAGUUGGGAUUUUAGGUCGUCACAGAGUAAAGCAGGGUCUAUUUCACCCAGUGUUCAUGAGGUAGCAUGGCUGCCAUUAUCAACACUGGACUUUGCUGGACCCCACAAGUUUAGUCCCUGAGCAUUUUUGUUGGAACCUUGUUAAGCUUGCCUCUUCCAGAGUUUGUUAGUGAUGUUAGUAAUAUAGUGGUCAAUAGAAACAAUGGAUAAUUGUAACAUAUGAAUUGACCAGUUACUCUUAUGAAGCCCUUUGGAUUCCUCUAAAGACAGUUGCGCUCCUCAAUUCUGUCUGUCCUCCGUCCCGCUAACCUGCUGUGUGUUGGUUCCUUCCCCCUGGCAGACGGACUAUGACAUGGUGGACUAUCUGAACGAGCUGCGGGAGGGCUGUCUGGAGGCCUACACUGGCAUCAUCCAGGGCCUGAAGGGAGACCAGGAGAACGUGCACCGUGAGUCCCCUAGCUACCAUCCCCCCAGCAUCAUAACUCAUCUACAGAUUUUGUGGAUCUAGUAUUUUGGUCUAUUGCUGACUAUGGUAUUGAUAUUGUCUUUAAUUGUCUUGAUGCCAAUUGUUGGAUUUUCCUGCACUAGUGUGUUUACAGUAGAGACUGAGGAUUCCGUCCACUGACGCCUGUUCCUCUCGCUGCUCUGAGCUGUGGCAGUUGGGAUUUUAGGUCGUCACAGAGUAAAGCAGGGUCUAUUUCACCCAGUGUUCAUGAGGUAGCAGGGCUGCCGUUAUCAACACUGGACUUUGCGGGACCCCACACUUGCACAUUGUGGCAUUUGCCGAUUUUCGCACUUUGGAGUGGUGCCACAUUUCCUAACAAGCAUCCUUAAUCACUUCUUUGCCAGAAUUAUGGCAACUUUGAGUGAAUAUUGAACAUUUCUGUCACCUCUGUCUUAAUUCUCAUGAUUGUGCUGAACAUUGUCUUCAUUGUAUCGCUCUGUCCUACCUGUAGCUGACGUGAUGCUGGUGCAGCCCAGAGUGGAGUUCAUCCUGUCCUUCAUCCACCACAUCGCUGAAGACGAGGACCACUCUGACGGCGUGGUGGCCAACGCCGCCGGACUCAUAGGGUAAGGCAACUUGGAUUAUCCGAAAGUGGUAGUGAUGCUUGCGUUGUGGAUCACAAUAAUACUGAAGAUGCUUUUGGUAUGACACAGCAUAGAAAUGUUAGCGGCAGCUUGGGGCUAAGAUGCAUGGAGGAGGGCAGGCGAUCUCAAGGCAUGAGAAACACUUUAGUAUGAUGAAUUCUGAUUUGUUUUAUUUUUGUAUAUAAGGAAAACCUGUCUGGGUUGUGAGAUCUUGUACUCAAAACUCAGAUGUUUUAAUAGCAUUUAUCUGAAACCUGCACAAACGGUCAACAAGAAACGUAUUUUUUUUUUAUUUUUUCAUUUAGCAGACACUUAUCCAGAGCGACUUACAGUUAGUGCAUACAAUUUUUUUGUUCAUACUUGAAAAGGAGUUGUUUUAGGUAGCAAGCCUCUUGAUCGGAGUCGUGUUCCCAGCGACUUGGUCAAUGUUAAACUGGUUUCUCUGCUUCUCCUUACAGUAUGUAAAUGGUGUUGUUCCUGUGACAUGCUUAGUUAACCCUUUCCCUCCCAUGUGAUGUAAAAUGUGCUGCAUGUGGUCCAACUCUCCCUCUUUCCUCUCCACAGAGACCUGUGCACGGCCUUUGGGAAGGACGUGAUGAAGCUGGUGGAGCUGCGGCCCCUCAUCAACGACCUGCUGACGGAGGGCCGGAGGUCCAAGACCACCAAGACCAAGACGCUGGCCACAUGGGCCACCAAGGAGCUGCGCAAGCUCAAGAGCCAGGCCUGGUGAGUUACUGACCUACUGACUGUCACCCCUACAGCACCUCUAGGGCACCACGCAACCGCAAGGGAAUAGCCAGGGAUAAACACAUUUUUUUUUAAAGACUGUUUGAAAGUUAAUGUUGCGUUGGGAGAUACUUAUGCAGGAAAUGCUAGUCUUGUCCAUUUUAUUUUAUUAUGGAGAUGGAGUGAAAUUGUAACUAUUAGUGAUUUCAUGACAGAUCAUGUAUAGACCGUGUCAUUUGGUGACCAAUUCUGAGAUCUAUAAAUUCACUGUAGCAGCCUAAUGAGAGAUCACUCUCUGCAUGCAUUGAGCACGUGAACACAGGACUUUGGCUCCUUCAGCUAAUAAGCUUUUCUUCCUCAUUUCUCCUCUACAGAUUUCAUGCUGGUUGGGGAUAAAAUAGACAACGAUGAACAAUGAAAACGCCCCACUGGAAUUUCUUCUGUCUUUUGCGUCGUGUCCGAGUUAAAGCAGAAGUGAAGCGUGCGCUGAGAUGAGUGUCUGAGAAUGUGAGAGCGAGAGUGAGAGUGAGCGAGGAUCGACAUCACACCACCUUCUGAGUACAAUUCCAGCAGUCGCCGGCAGACCAGCAGCGCCCCACCCCUGAACCCCCACCACCACUUCCUUAGCCUCCCCACCACCACUUCCUUAGCCUCCCCACCACCACUUCCUUAGCCUCCCCACCACUUCCUUAGCCUCCCCACCACCACUUCCUUAGCCUCCCCACCACCACUUCCUUAGCCUCCCCACCCUCUUCUUCUUCACGGCCACCUGUGGACUGAUUCUGACUCGACGACUUGGAUCGCUGUAGCCGGCUAGUUCUAGAACUCUUCUGAAAAAACUAAUAUUAGUCUACAACAGGAUCACCAGAGUAGAGAAAAAAUAACUGCCAAAAUGUGGUUUAUUUUGAGGGAAAAUACAAACAAAACAUGAUACGAAAGAACUCUAUUAUUUUGCUCAUUGACCGAUCUGUGGAAGACUUAUUACUUUUUCCCUAGUCUUUCUUUUGGUUCCUUCAAGCACUAUAUGGUUGUGGACUUCAAAAAUGGAGAGUCAAUUUUACGCAAAUGUGAACUGAACCGGAAUCUGAAAAAUGAAAACGUUUGGGGUGACGGAAAUGCGCCCAAAGGAUCACUGCUGGAGUUGAAGGAAGAUGAAACGAGGGGGACGAGCGGGCGGUCUCCACCCCCCUCGUCUCCUACCUCUAGCCUCUCUGAUAUCCCCCAGCCUGCCCCUGCACGGAGCCCCCACAGCGCUGCAGGGGAAGAGCUGGCCAGCCUGGAUGAUGGAGUGUGUCCGUGA